AUGAAUAAAUCCGAGCAAAAAAAACGACAUCGACAAGACAGUAGUUUAAGUUCCGAUGAUGAUCAAAUAGAUUCAACAAAAAUUGAUGUUGAUGGUUAUGAUGAUAAAUAUUUUGGUGAUGCUGCAGAUCGUGUAUGGUUACAAACUUUAUCGGAACGUGAACGUGAAGCAGAAUUAUUAAAAAGACAUGAACAACGUGAAAUAUUAAAACAUCGUGAAGAAAUAAGUAAAAAACUUAAAUCGAAAAUAACAAAUCAUGAUGAUAAUGAUAAUGAUAAUGAAACAAAAACAAAAUCAACUUUAUUUGAUAAUAAUAUAUAUGCAGAUGAUGAUGAUGAUGAUGACUAUUAUUUAUCAGCUAAUAGUCGAAAACAAGUUAAUGCAUCAAAACUAAAAGAAACACAACACAGUAAAUCAUUGCAAGCUUUAAUUGAAGAACGAAAGAAAAAACAAGAUGAAAAAAUAAAAAAAUCUCUUCCAAAACUCGAUGAUCUUUCAUCUAGUGAUGAUGAAACUAAACAAAAAUCAGUCAGACCAAAGCAAACAGAAAAAUUACAGGUAGAUCAAGUUUAUUCAUCAUCAAGUUCCGAUGAAGAAGAUGAUCAUCGUGAAAGAUCUAGAUCACCUAAAGAUAAAAAAAAAGAUUUUCAAAAACAAGAAUCUAAAAACAAAAAACUAACACGUAUAACAACAAAGGCUGAAUUAAAACCAAUGAUUUUAUCUCGUUUUCGAAUGGAAAAAUGGUGUCAUGCACCAUUUUUUGCUAAUGUAGUAAAAGGUGCUUUUGUUAGAAUUAAUAUUGGACAAAAUAAUGGUAAACCGGUUUAUCGCCUUUGUGAAAUUCGUGAUGUUGUUGAAACAGGUAAAAUAUAUAAUCUUGGUCCAACACGUACAAAUAAAGGACUUCGUUUAAAACAUGGACAUAAUGAACGUGUAUUUCGUCUUGAAUUUGUUUCAAAUAGUGAAACAUCCGAUGCAGAAUUUAAGCGUUGGCGUGAAACAUCACUUAAACAGAAUAUUCCUUUACCAACAUUAGAACAAGUUGAAGAUAAAAGAAAAGCAAUUAAUAAAUUUAAACAUUAUGUCUAUAGUAAUAGAGAAAUAACAAAAAUUGUCGAAGAAAAAAAACGCUUUCGAAAAGCACCAAUUAAUUAUGCAAUGACGAAACAAGAAUUAUUUAAAGAAAUAGAAAUAGCAGUGGAUGAAAAUGAUACUAAAACAGAAAAAGAAUUAAGAAAAAAAUUAAAUGAAAUGGAAGAACGUGCUUCUGAAAUCGAUCGAAUACGAACUGCAAAUAAUUCAAUUUUAGCUCAAAUCAAUCGACGAAAUCGAAAAAAAACGCAACAAAAUGUUGAAAAUGCUUUAACUCGUGAAGCUCAAGAACAUCGAAAUAUACAAGCUGAUCCAUUUACACGUCGUCGAUGUGCACCAAUUCUUGUUUCAAAAGCUGCAACAACUAAAGACGAAUUGAUUCGAGAAUUACACUUACGUGAAGCUGAAAAAGAAAAAGCGAAGAAAAAACUUGAAGAAGAACGUUUAUUAGAAGAACAAAUGGCUAAAAAAGCAGCAUUGACAGCAAAUCAAAUGUCACUUAAUAGACAAAUAUCUCGUGAAAUAAAUCUUCCAGCAAUGACAAUCAAUGAACGUGGUUCAUUUACAUCAUUCACUGAUAAUAAUGAUGAAUUGUUUGCAUCACAUAAUUUUGAACUUGAUAUUCAUAUUAAAAUUUUUCCCGAAUAG